GCGGAGGCGGAAAUGACGCACGCGGCAGCUCCGGAAGUGGCGCCGCCGGCUGCAUGAAGGCAAGCGAUGGCGAAGGUCACCUUCAAGAUCACGCUCACUUCGGACCCGCGCCUGCCUUACAAAGUGUUAAGUGUGCCCGAGAACACGCCUUUCACUGCUGUCUUGAAGUUUGCUGCAGAAGAAUUCAAAGUCCCUGCAGCUACAAGUGCCAUUAUAACAAACGAUGGAAUAGGAAUAAACCCUGAUCAGACAGCUGGGAAUGUUUUCCUGAAACAUGGUUCAGAAUUGCGGAUUAUUCCCAGAGAUCGGGUGGGAAGAUAUUGGCACAUGCAGGAGCCGCUUACACUUCGAUAACAGAACUAGCAGACAAAUGCACCAACUGUCCUGUCAUCCAAGAAUUUUGCAUAUCUUGCAUUUCUCUAUAAAACCAUUGUUACCACAGUGAACUCAUGAUAAGUAGUCAGAAUGUCAUUUUUGAACCAUAUUUAGAGGAGAAUCUCAUCACCGCUACCAUGUCUGCCUUCUUUUUUUGAAGUCUCUCUCAGCUUGUUUGCUUUCCGAGUUCCCCAGUUCACUUAGCGCAACCAAGGGCAGUCGGCAAAUGGAUGUUUUUUGUUCCUCUGAAAGGAAUAGGAAAGCAUUUUCUUGUGUUUACCAACAAUGGGAGAGCUACUUUUGUAGCCAAAGCAAAGCAGUUCACGUCAAUACAUUGACAGAAUAUUAAUUUGAUCUAGACAAUGCAAUCAUGUAUUUGAAUAUUAUGAAAAGUAUUAUGGCACAUACCUCCAAUGUUUGCUAAACGUUUGUGGAACUAUUAGGAAUCCUUUAUUACAUUCCAAGAAAAAAAGGCCAUUUAAAUAGCAGGUUACCAUUGUGGGUGCUUAUAUGCUUAAAUUGUGUUUAAUGUUGGUUCCUUGAAAUCGUUAAGAUUUGUUAUCUAAUGUAUAGUUUCAGGAGAGAUGUUUUUAUGUGGAAAUGCAUUUUACCAUAGAUAAUAAAUUAUAUAUUUCCGAGCCCUACUGGCACGAAACAUAAAGCCUGCUCACUAUUUCAUGAGAGUUUUCGAAAUGCCAGAGGCGCUCUGGUGUGACAGGCUGAGUCCCACUAAUCUUUAGGCUUGGGUGGGUUCAAAUUUAAACCUUUCAAUUGGUUUCUUUCCUUUUCUUCCUUUUCCCAAUUUUUGAGUAAAGUCUGCUCUAGAACUGCAUACUAAGUAAUGGGGUUUAUUGUUAAUUGAAAGCCAUGAGCAUGCUUAGAGUCUUUACUCCUAAUUUGAUAAAUAUUUUGUUAUUGGAAGCAAAAUAAAGUGUCUGUCAGCAAUGAAA